AAUUUUAUUUCUUAAUUAUUUAAUAUUUUAGGCAAGAUACAUACUCUCCGCCGCUGGACGUUGAGUCCAGUAGUAAACCAAACCAAACUUAAACUCUGUAUACAUAUAUAUGUGUACAUUAAUUAUACAUUUUAUUUACCCAGCUGUGCAAUUAUGAUAACGCAAUGAAAUUGCUUAAAUAAAUAUUGAGCUGCAUCGCCAUGUUACUACGCUUGCCGCUGUUGUUAUCGCGUUUUCUGCACAAUGGACGGCUGCGGCUGCUAUUCCUAGCGCUUAUUGUCCUGCUUUUAGGCGGCAUACUCUUAAAUUAUAGAUGGCAGUCGGAUGUGCAGCUUUGUUUUAUUGAGAGGGAGCAAACAGAGUCGGCAUCCAUUGGCCCUUUACCGGACGCUGCUGUGCCUGUUCCAAAGAUUUUGGAAGAUGUGCUGUCAACAGAUCCCAAGCCAAUACCUGGCCGUAGCAUAUUCUUUCAUGAAACAAGUUGUCACAGACCAAAGCGCAAAAGACAGCGUCAUGGCCAAAGUCCUGAUUUACAGUACAACAUGUUGCAGUUGACGGCGCGCCAGGCAUGUGCCAUCGAAUCUGCCGCCUUGCAUAAUCCGAAUUUUCAAGUGUUUGUGCUGUUCGCUGGUCCCACCUAUCGACACCUCAGCAACAGCAGCCAACGCCAGCAGCCGAUCAUCGAUGCCAUUCUAAGCUACAAAAAUGUGCAGCUUCGACAAUUAAAUCUUUGGCGCUAUGCGGCCGGCACGCCCAUUGAGGAAUGGCUAAAGGAUGGCCGCUUGUUUCGGUCAAGCUAUCUUUUUUCGCAUAUAUCAGAUUUUCUAAGGUUUCUAACGCUUUAUCGCUAUGGCGGUAUUUAUUUGGACAUGGAUGUAGUAAUGCUACGCAGCAUGGAGGAUGUGCCGCCAAACUUUACGGGCGCCGAGUCCAAUACACAUUUGGCCGCUGGCGUAAUGAGUCUAGCCCCCACUGGUUUUGGUCAUGAGAUUGCCGAGUCUUGCCUGCGUGAUUUUCAGCUGCAUUUCGAUGGUAGUGACUGGGGCAACAAUGGGCCUGGGGUAAUAACGCGUGUGGCACAACAGAUUUGUGGCACAAAAGAUAUCUCACUGAUGCUGGAAGAUCGGAAACGCUGCCUUGGCUUCAAGGUAUUCGAUCGCAAUGCAUUUUAUGCUGUACCCUGGAAGCAUUGGCGACAUUUCUUCGAGCCACAGCUGCUCGAGCAGACUCUGGAACACACGAAGGACUCAUACUUGGUGCACGUGUGGAACAAGCACUCCAAACAGCUGGCCAUCAAGGUCGGAUCGAGUACCGCCUACGGCAAGUAUGCGGAGCAGCAUUGUCCCAAGGCGUAUGCAGCAGCGGGUGAAUAUUUCUAAAAAACUAUUCAAAUA